GAGAGCUGCUCUAAAUCCUGAAGAACUUGAAAAGAGAAGCAGAAGAUAAGUUUGGGAUUGAUAAAGUGAGAAUAGAUAUGAUGUGCAGGGCAGUUCUGCACAUGCUGAUCCUGCUGACAUCCCACUGUCAAUCUUCUGUUGAGAAUGAUGCUGGGGUUACAGCUUCCUGUUCACAGGACCAGAGGGCAUUUCGAGGUUCAUGCUUUGAGUUUGUAGGUCAGCAGCUCCCUUUUCACAGAGCUCAAGAUUGGUGUGAGAAGAGUGGUGGACAUCUCGCAUACAUCCCAGAUAUAGAAACUCAAAAUUUCCUUGAGAGACACAUGGACUCUGAAAAAGACCUGUGGCUUGGACUGACACCAACCUGCUCCCUAAAAUGGUCUGUAAAUGCUGAAGCUCCUUCUUUCUCUUGGCUCGAUGGUUCACCUCUCACCUUUUCAAAAUGGGUAAGAAGCCCACAGCCUGGCACAACUUGUGGACACAUACUGAGACGCUCAGGCUUUCGGUGGGAAGCCACAGAAGACUGCAACCAAAACAUGCAUUUCAUCUGUCAGUUUGAACCUGGAAGAAGAAUUGUAUGUUUGGGUCACAACACCACUCUGCAGUGCGGCUCUGGUCAAGCAUUAAUGAUAGACGGGGCUCUCUUUGGUCGGGGCAACAUUCAUUACUGUCGUCCCAGGUUCUCCACACCAACCUUCACAGAGCAUAGGUGCAGCUGGGUGGAUGUCGCAGCCUCCAUUAAAGAUCAAUGUCAAGAGCGUCAAUUCUGCAGGAUCAGUGAAGUUAUGAGCUCAUUUGAUGACCUCUGUCCUGAUCUAAAGAGCUACCUGACUGUGGACUACCACUGCAGAGAUGUGAUCACAUUGUCACUUCCUGUUGUCGCUGCUGUUUAUGAGGACAUCAAAAUUAAAUGGCAUGUAUUAUCACCAAGGGGAAACUGCAAGUUAAAGACUGGAGAUGGACACAUAUAUCAUCUGCAUAAUCAGUUGAAGAGCAGCCUCGUGCAUAAAUACACUCAUCCAAGUGCAUUUGUUGUGGAGCUUGAAUGCACUGACAGUGAAAUACACAUUAUGGCCCAAGAGAUAAUUACAGUUGAAGAGCCUGUUGCAGAGAUUGGUGCCAUCAGAUGCUUUGUUGGAAAUUUGUCUUUUCAUGAAACUGACUGCAGAGCCCUGUAUGGAGGAGCAUUUCAAAUUCAAAUAAAAGUCAAAGCAGGAUCAAACGUGGCCUACAGAAUACAAAACAAUGAUAAGCUGCUGGCUGACUUGCAUGUUGUACAAGGAAAUGUUCCCCAGAACAUCACACUGAGUCCUGAGGCAGUGAAGCAGCUUGGCCCCGGCUGCCACAAGCUGAAGCUUUUUGCAUCGAACUUGGUGACUUUUCCAGACGUUUCUACAAACCUUCAGGUUUGUGUUUUAGAGAAACUAGAUGGACUUCAGGCCACCUUGCUGAAAGAGGCGAAAGAUUGCUUUGGCUCUACAUGCAUUACUGUUGGAGUUUCUCUUAACCGCGGUGAGCCUGCUCUGCUCUUCUUCUCACUGACUGGAAAAAAUGGGACAUUUUCUGAAACUAAAGAAAUGAAAAGAAGGAGAGAAGUUUUUCAGUUUGGUUGCCCACUUGAAGGAAAUGUACAGAUGAAGAUUAAAGCAUGUAAUGCCUUUUCCUGCCUUGAAGAGGAAAUGUUUGGCUCUUGUGAUAAGAACUUGAUAGUGAACAGUCUUUUUGAGCAUUCAUUACGCCUUACCAAGAAUAUGAUAAAGAAGCCCGCAAGGGUUGUGAGAUCUCCGGCUGAAAUCUCUGCAGAUCCUUCAAAUUCAGUAAAUCGGCCAGAUGCAACUAUUACUCUGUCGGUUGAGGAAAAAGGGGAUAUAAAACAUGCCGAGGAAUAUCGGUGGAGCUGCAGAGAUAAUUGUAAAUGUGAAGCUGAGUCAACAACACUUGAACAAAUCAUUCAAGGAAACUGUCUGCCAGAUCCUUUUCACUUUGACAGUUAUUCGUUUGAGUAUAGAAGAAACAAUGAUAACUGGAAAGGGACAUCCACAUGCAUCACCCUCAAACCAACCUCAGAUGAAUCGAAUCAAGUCAGUACCAGCUGCAUUGAGAACUGUGACCCAAUCGACACAUCCAUGGACACAAAAGUAAAAAUGGAGUGCAGUUCAUGUUCGGAUAUUGUGUGGUACAUUGAGGAAAUAACAGGCCACGAGCCAGAGGGUGUAAGUAUUAUAAGUGUUGCUUUCUUCUAA